AUGGCUUUUGAGAGAUUCCACAAAGUGUUAGGCAGUGUGAACUGCGUUGAGCCGGAAGUGGUGCUCUCAGCGGUGGUGGAAAAAGCAUGUGAAUGGUGUGUCGUGCCACCUGCUUCGCGAUGGGGAACGCCGAACAACGGGAAAUCAUUCAAGCUGAUGAUGAGAGCAGAUCGUCGAAUGGGUUUCAACUGGGGAACGCUUGCAACAGAUCGAUGGUGCUUCAAAAAUGGGCGAACUCGAAAAGCCGGUUAUCCUCUUCAUUCAACUGAUGAAAGAAAUGUCUCAUUGUCUUUGAACAACAAAGAGUUGAUUUUCUCUCCGAAAACCCCGACAACACCCAAUAAACCGCCGCCAUCGCCAAGAAUUCGAGGAAAAGUCACCGCAAAAGCUACUGUAAUGAUGGGGCAACGUUUGGAGCUACGUAAUGGAGCUGCGAAAGCCAACAAUCAGAAAAGAGAGAAUUGCAAAGGAAAUCCCCAAAAUCCUACUGAAAAACCGUCAACGCCUCUCCAAUUGACUCAAAAGGAUUUGAUGAGAGAAAUGGCUCUAGAGACACAACCGACAACGAGAAAACCGCCAAUAUCACCGAAAACUUUGAAACCGCCAUUGUCACCGAAAAGUGUCCUCCAGUCAAAAGUUUCCCAAAAAUCCGUCAAAUCCCACGUUCAAGCCUCUGUGCCAGCAAAGAGAAAAUUUCUCUCUCAUUACGAAGUGAAGAUCAAAUUGAAAAAGCCACUCAAUCAGUCAGGCUUAUCGAGGAGUCAAUCAUCAGUGGAAACGGGUGCAAUGUUGAGAAAAUCAGCGAGUCUCUCCUCGGCGGCUUAUCAACUUCGCCGAGAAAUCUCACAAGAAGAAGAGAAAAGAGACGAAUCGCCGUCAUUCUCGAUGAUUUCGACAAACGAAAAACCCUACAAUCCACCAAGAAUCUUCCGAGAUGAUCGAGGAAGGGAAAUUUUCAAAAAAGCCCCGUUAGUGAGAGCUCGCUCAGCCGUUUUACAUCGUUCUUUAUCGAGAUCUCACUCUGUAACUUUCAUCGUUCAAACGGCUCCUCGAUUAGACGGAUUGCCAGAAGAGACGAUUGUCAGAAUUGCGCAAAAUCUUUCUCCGUCCGAUCUCCGCUCUCUUUCCCAAACAAGUCGAUCGAUUCGGGAACAAAUCUUGAAAAAUCGACGACGUUGUGGAUUGACGGAAAUUCAUGAAAUUCAUUUCACUUAUCAAUGGGAUUUUGAUCACUACCCCUUACCGCCCUACGAGACGUGGAACGACGUGUUGCUCGACUCAAAGAAGAUGAUGAUUCAAAUCCACUCGACAAAUGAGGUUACCCCGACAAACUCGGCGCAAAUCUCGAGCGUCGAAGAUUUCGAGUUAUUCGCGCGAGUGGUCAUGCCCGGAUUGAAGCCGUCGAGGAUCAUUUUGAACGAUUUGAGCGAAGAGUUUUUGCUGAUUCUCGUACGCGGGAUCACGAGCGCAAACUGGCAAAAUAUCGAUCAUAUACAGGUGAAAGACACAUGGAAAACGAUGACCCCAUUGACGAGGACGAAAAUUCUCGCAGCGACGAGGAGUCGCCGGAUGAGCAUUCGGGCUGCUGACGAAAUCGUGAAUCGCCGCGAGUUCGACGUACCGAUGGCCGAUUGGAGCGUUCCAUCGUACGGAUCGCAUCAUUCGUACAGUGUUUUA